AUGCAUCCGGCCUUCUUGCUCGCUUUUCUACCGAUCAUCCACGCUGCAAAGGACAUCUCUUACUACAGCCCGACUUUGUUCGCCCGCGGCCUGUGCCCAUUGCCAUUUGUCGUCGACAGCGUGGCUUUCCAGUCUCGCGUAUUGGCGCUUCAGCUGGGCAUAUCGCCCGUAAAAUACAGAAUCGGCUUUAGCUGUAGUUGCAGAGAACACGGCGUCGUCGCUGGGACAGACUUUGAAUGCACAAAGAACGCGCCAGAGGAACACAUGACAGAUGGAAUCCUUUACGACCUUACAAUCUCUUUGCCUGCGCUUGUCGAUGAGACGCAGAUAGAUCCUCAAUACGAGUUCAUCACAAAAUGCUGCCGCGCGCAAGUCCGAGCAAGAAUCUUCGCGGCCUUCAAGCCAGCUCGCAGUUUCGAGGUUCAGUCGUGUGAGAUGAUAGCCACGUGCGAGAACAAGAAAGAUGCGCCAGCCGUCUGUGCGCUCUUCUACGGUGGCGGAGCAGUGAGAAAGCAGUGCGAUACGAGACCUGCUGUAGGGACAUGCUUGGUGUGGUUCCAGCGAGGCACUUCUAGAUGGCCCGACAUGGUAGCCGAAAGAGAUUUUCACUGCAGAAAGAACGAAGAGCUUCAGUCGCCCAAUGGUCUCGUCUACGACCUCGCGAUCUCGUACCCGGCCUACGCGGUCGCAGACGUGCCCGAAUUUGUCUCGAAAUGUUGCUAUGCUGAAGCAUCUCAAAGAGUUCUCGUGUCUCUCGGCUCGUAUCGAUCGAUGGAAUGGGCUGCAUGCGGUGUCAAGAUCGUUUGCGAGAAUGCGGCAGGCGCGCCUGCUAUCUGCGAGGCUUUCUGGCCCAACAAAUACGAACACGAUUGCGAUGUUACUCCGCCUGUCAAUCUAUGCUCAUUCGGCUUCAGAAGACCAUAG